CUCUUUGGGUUUGGAACUUGGGUUGGAACGGGGGUAUUACAGGCUGCUUGCGAGAAGCUUCAGAGGCACUUCAGUAAUUUGACAUCCUCUGCAGUUGCGGCGUCUGUUCCCUUCGCUGUCUUCUCCCGUUCCUAUCCAUCCUUCAGCGUCCCCUGGUCCGAAGAUGAAUAAGGAGAAGCUUAUGAAGAUGGCUGGUGCAGUUCGCACUGGUGGAAAGGGCAGUAUGCGCAGGAAGAAGAAGACAGUUCACAAGACCACGACAACAGAUGACAAGAGGCUUCAGAGCACUUUGAAAAGAAUAGGUGUAAAUGCUAUCCCUGCCAUUGAAGAAGUUAACAUUUUUAAAGAUGAUAUUGUCAUCCAAUUUCUGAACCCCAAGGUGCAAGCUUCAAUUGCAGCAAAUACAUGGGUAGUAAGCGGUUCUUCUCAGACAAAAAGACUUCAAGAUCUGCUGCCUGGUAUCAUCAACCAACUAGGCCCUGAUAACUUAGACAACCUGAGGAAGCUAGCAGAACAUUUCCAGAAGCAGGCACCAGGUGCUGGUGCUGCCGCCAAGGAGUAUGAUGAUGAUGAUGUGCCUGAGCUUGUGGCAGGAGAGACAUUUGAAUCAGCUGCCAAGGAUAACCAAGGUGUCCCUGCCCAUGAUAACCAAGUUGCAGCUGUCAAUGUUAACCAAGCUGCAGUAUCCAGUGAAAACCAAGCUGCAGCUGGCAAUGAAAACAAAGCUUCAUAGAAAUUAAACUUUCAGCAAAUCUGUCACAGCCUCUCUUUACCUCGUGUUCCGUCUUUCUCAUUUGGUGACAAACUAGAAGAGCUGAUCCUGUCAUUCUUGUUUUGUGACACUAAACCAAUAAUCAUUUCGGUAUGGUGUAGGAAAGCUGAUGUUUUGCUACCUUGUUUUCGUCGAAAGGCAUGUCAUAGUUCCAAGUUUUCUCC